AAAAAUUAAUACAACCAAAAAUGUCCGACCCGGAUCUCACCAGUUUGACUUGGCUUUCCUCCAUAGAUACUGGAGGCGUCUCAAGCAGUGACCUGAUGAUCAAUAGCUCAAGCAAUGAAGAUGUAGAAUACCAUACUGGUACUAGCAGACCAUGUUCUAGCGGACUCGCACCAAGGAGCAGAGCUCGAGGUGCUAAUUACAGGUCUCUUGGAGAACAUCCCAGGCCACCUUGCUCUUACUCUUGUCUUAUAGCAAUGGCUCUCAGUGCUUCACAGACUGGCUGCUUGCCAGUCAAUGAGAUCUAUCAUUAUAUAGAACAGAAGUAUCCAUUCUUCAAGACAGCACCAGAGGGAUGGAAGAAUUCAAUACGCCACAAUUUAUCAAUGAAUCAAAAUUUUGUUAAAGUUCUGAGAUCUGAUGGCUAUCAACCAAGAAAGGGCUACCAUUGGGCCAUUAAUCCAAAACGACGUCACGCACUUCAACUAGAGAUUGAGAGAACACUUAGAAUUAUACAGCAGGACAUUACUGACCACAAAAACUCCAAUGGUGAUAACGACGUGGAGCAAUACAAAUCUGGAACUGAACAGGUUUUAGGGAUUAAAGAGAAUCACGAUUAUCAUCGUCAUCAUGCAAUAAUGCAGGAGGCUCUCCUUAAGAAGCAACAACUGGUCAAUUCUAUGUAUAGACGGCCUGAAAUGAUGACAAAUAAUGAUAUGGUUGAUGGCGUGUUUCUCUUAACUCAUUUUGGGCCCUUUUAUGCUUCAGGGAGAGGAGCCAUGCACAGCAAGAAGGAGCCUCAAUAUUCCAGCAAUGAUUAUCAUCAUGACAAUGGUAAUCCUAACAUCGAGCAAGUCAUUAUAACUGACGAGGAUACUGAUGGAGCUGAGCAAGAAGACUCUCUUAAGCCAUUUGAGUGGGUUGAAAAAGAAUGUGUGAUAGAAAAUGAGGAAGAAGUAUCCACGUCAAGUAGCUCUGCAGCAGAAAUGGAAGCAAAAACACUACCUCCAGUAAAUGGAGCAGCUAAUGCAGAUGUUGUGGAUUCUAGUUUUGAUUGCCCAACCCUCUCGCUUGAAUCAAUGCUCAAAAAUAUGGAGAACGAAGAGCCAAUCUGUUCACUCACUCCAUCUUUAAGCAGUGCCAGUUCAAAUAUCACACAUGAAGAGACCUCAUCACCUUCAUCUGCCUUCUCAUCUAACGGCUCUCUUCCUUUUGCUCAUUUUGAGGCAACUGUAGUUUAGGGCAGGUAAUGAAUAGGACACUUGAAAAAGACUGCAACUGAACUAUAAUAGAGCAAGUGAUUCCAUUUAAUUUUAAAUCAAGUUAUUAUAAUAAUUCUUUAUCAAUAA